CUGCUGCUGGUCGGGGGCCUGGGGUCUCAUGGGUUUCCAGCCACUUCAGAAACACAAGAGCAAGACAUGGAGAUGGUUCAGAAAUACCUACAAAACUAUUAUGGCUUGGAGGUUGGAACCAGCCAAUUCAAAAGGCAGAGAAACCACAGUUCAAUGAUUGAAAAAUUAAAGCAAAUGCAGGAAUUCUUUGGGCUAAAAGUGACUGGAAAGAUAGAUGCUGACACCCUGGAUAUUGUGAGGAAGCCCAGAUGUGGAGUGCCUGAUGUUUCAUCCCAGGAUGAACUCACUCCAGGGAACCCUCGUUGGCAGAGCACACACCUGACCUACAGGGUUGAAAAUUACACCCCAGACCUGUCGAGAGCAGACAUGGAGCAGGCUGUUGAGAAGGCCUUUCAGCUCUGGAGCAGCUCACCCCUGACCUUCACCAAGGUCUCUGAGGGGCAAGCGGACAUAAUGAUAUCCUCUGUCAGGGGAGAUUUAUCUUUGCUAUGCUUUGUCCCUCACAGAUCAUCACAGAACUAUCCCUUUGAUGGACCUGGGGGCAUACUCGCUCAUGCGUUCCAACCAGGAAUAGGUAUUGGAGGAGAUGUUCAUCUUGAUGAAGAGGAAACAUGGACCAAAGAUUUGAAUGAUUACAACUUGUAUUGGGUUUUGGCACAUGAAUUGGGCCAUUCCUUUGGACUUUCUCAUUCUACUAACAUGCGGGCUUUGAUGUACCCAAACUACAUCCACACUGGUGAAGUUUAUCUGUCUCAGGAUGACAUCGAGGGCAUCCAGGCCAUCUAUGGUAAGUGAAGGCCAUCUAAUAAACUGCAGCUGGCCCCAGUGCUACAAACCCCACGACCCUGUGAUUACAGGAUAACAUUUGAUGCUGUGACCAAAGUUCGUGGGGAAUUGUUCUUCUUCAAAAACAGUUUCAUCAUCCAUGUUUAUCCGUACUACCCAAGUGUCGAAGUCGUGUUCAUCUCUGCUUUCUGGCCAGAUCUGUCAAGUGGGAUUGAGGCAGCUUAUGAUGUUCCUGAAAAAGAUGAAGUCCUUUUUUUCAAAGGCAGUAAAUACUGGGUUGCUAAGGCAGAUGUGAUGCUGCCCAGUUACCCCAGGAACAUCUACAGUUCCUUUGGCUUCCCUAGAAGGGUGAGGAAUGUCGAUGCUGCCGUCUGUGACAAGGGAACCGGAAAGACGUACUUCUUUGUUGACAAUGAGUACUGGAGGUAUGAUGAAAACAGGAAGUCCAUGGAUGCAGGUUAUCCCAAAGAGAUAGCUCAAGACUUCCCUGGGAUUAGCGGAAAAGUUGAUGCUGUUUUCGAACAUGAAGGUUUUUUUUUUUUUAGGAAAUUUCUACUUUUUCAAGGAUCGAGGCAGUACAAAUUUGAUCCUAAAACAAAGAGAAUUUUGGCUUUCCUGGAUGCUAACAGCUGGUUCAACUGCUGA